AUGGAUCCCCGUGCCAGUGGUCAGCCCCAUCCAGCUGCCCUGACGGUGGCAACCAGUGUAGCUCUCACAUCGCUCGUUCAGUACGUGGCUUCUAGAGCUACAGAGUACGAACUUUCCUCGGAAGCUGUGUGUUGGAUGAUCAUCCCAUUUCUCUUCAGGCUACAAAGCAAGCCCUCGACAUAUGUGCCACAGUUAGGGGAUGUGGUCGCUACCAGAAAGCCGACUGGGUCACUACGGCUUUGGCGCCCAGCGAUCUGUGUUGCUGCCCUCAGUUUCUGUAAAGCAGAGUUCGGUGCGGUUGUCUGUUUGUUUCCUCUUGCAACACCGUUGCUGCUCAAGGCUCAAGAACAUCUCCAACUACGGACUGGACCUUCAAGGUAUGGGACUGCCAAGGAAGGGGCCGUGCCUCACUCGAUCCUAAAUACGUUCUGGGGAUCACUUCUGGCAGCUGCAGUGGCCGUGUACAGCUUGGCAGCAUGGGACGUCAAGGCAGCUGCCAUGGCGGUGAUACCGUUUGCGGUUCUCGUCGGCCUCUUUUUCUCAUUGAUGUCCCAAAUGGGAGAGCAAGAUCGCUUGAAAACCUUCCAUCUUGAAUUGGGAGAUAUCAUUAAACCUCUCUCCUUGCGGAUCGUAGGUUUCUUGAUCGUCCUGCAGUUUGUCGACAGCUGGGCGGUUGGUUUCCCCAGCAUUGAUGGUGCGUGGACUGUCUUCCUGGGAGUAGCAAAGGCCUUUUCGUGGUAUUUCGCUAUUCAGAGUACAAGGUAUACGCCGGAGUCAUGGCGAAUCGUCACGGUGAUUGCCACCUUUGGCUUGGUUGCAGCUCGCGACCCAUACACACAGCCUUCAAACAUUCAAGCCCUUGCGAACGUUGUUGCUUCGCUUGUUGCACUGGCUCAGAGCAUCAGCAUGCUGCCGAAGCACACAGAACAGCGAGCCCUGCUCUGGAGCUUUGCGCUCGUUCCCCUCUUCCCUUACCUGGCCAAUUUGGUUGCCAUCAGAGCCGUAGAGUCUGCAGCACAGCAGCUUACUUUUCAACACCCCGGCCAACAUCCGGUAGCGCAGCUAAUGGAGAAGGCAAAAGCAGACUUCGACAGCAUGCUCUCCAGACAGUCAAAGACGUACGAGGCUGCUGUCGAGGAGUACAAGCGUCGAUACAAGGUUGAACCACCACCGGGGUUCCGGGGCUGGUACGACUUUGCCGUGAAGAGCCAGUCUCCAAUCAUCGAUGACUUUGAUACCAUUUACCACUCAGUGUCGCCUUUCUGGAAACUUAGCGGCCAAGAGGUAGUGGACCUCAUGCACGAGGCUUAUUACACGCGGUACAGCGAGUUAUGGCAGUGUACCUUUCACGGCGCAACCGCAAAAACUGAGUGUCGGCAUCCGUAUCGCACCUUCGACAGACAUCUUACCCUUUUGUUUGAUGAGGUGUUGGGUGAUCUGGCGGGGGUUCUUCCUGACAUCAAGUUCGUUGUUAAUCACCUUGACGAGCCACGAGUGGUGCUCCCGCAUACUUCACCCUCCGGCAGCUGGCGCUUUUCUCUUAUGGACAUGUCUCAUCAUCCGGUUUGGAAGGAAAUGAGAGCGCCCUGUUCCUCUUUUCCCUCCAAACCCAACGAUACCACCAACGGCAUCGACACCUUUGGUCUCCCCUUUGUCACAUCCACGGCUUCCGUCCUGGACAUCUGCGCCAAUCCUUCCUACGCCGACACCUACGGCCUCUUCACCUCCCCCGUCUCCAUGCGCUUGUUUGUCGGGCUCGUCCCCGUCCUCUCCACUGGUGCGCCAUCCACCAUGUCCGACAUUCUCUACCCCUCCGCCGCCUACAUCGAGUCCGGCUUCAUCUACGAUCCCACUCGCGACAUCCCCUGGGAGCAAAAGUCCAACAACCUCUACUGGGCCGGCUCCACAACCGGCGGGUACUCCUCCGACUCCUCCUCCUCCGCUGAUACACAAUGGAAGUCCUUCCACCGCCAACGCUUCGUCUCCCUCGCCCAGAACCUCAACCGCCAACGACAUACCUACCUCCGCUCCCUCAACGGCGCCAUCACCCGUGUCAGCUCCCCGUUUCUCAACAGCCGCCUCUUCUCCGUCUUCUUCACCCGCUUCCAAUUCUGCUCGCCUGCCUCCUGUCGCGCCCAACGCUCCUUCUUCCGCACCAAGUCCUACGCUGACAAGGACGAGGCCCUUUCGUCUCGCUUGGUGUUUGAUCUCGACGGCAACGGCAUUUCGGGACGGUAUUACAAGCUUUUGGCGUCCAAUAGUGCUGUUCUCAAGCAGACUUUGCUGAGGGAGUGGCAUGAUGAUCGGCUGGUGCCGUGGGUGCAUUAUUUGCCGGUGAGUAUGGGGAUGGAGGAAGUACCGGAGUUGGUGAUGUAUUUGACGAGCACGGAUGAGGGGAGGCAGAAGGCGAGGGAGGUGGCGGAGGGGGGGAAAGAGUGGUGGGGAAAGGCGUUGAGGGAGAGGGAUAUGGGGGUUUAUCUGUAUCGGUUGUUGUUGGAGGUGGGGAGAUUGCAGGAUGGAGGGAGGGGGGAGGGGGAGCCGCGGCGGGUGGUGGGGGCAUGA